AUGUCAACUGGUCAGUUAUUUAAUGCUUAUGUCGUCCACAAAGCUUUAUGUGAGAUGUCGUUCACUCAGCCAAUAGAUCCAGACAAUCAGCCAAUGAUUGUUUAUCAAAUGCCACAACCGAUUGCUACCUCUUUGACGUCUAUCUCAUACAACCAAACAUUCGUUGAGAUAUCAUUGCAAGGAAAGGGUGGGUUUGGGACGGUAUAUAAAGUGAUGCACAAAUUUACUGGUCAGAUAUCUGCCAUUAAAAGGAUUAAGAUCGAAUUAAAAGACUCGGAUGCAAAUGCAAAAACUUUGAAAGAAGUGGAGAAUUUAGUGAAAGUUAAGUCACAAUAUGUGGUCGAGUGUUAUCAGUCAUGGCCUGAACCCGGGUUUCUAUUCAUACAAAUGGAGUUCUGUUCACAGAAUUUAAAGGAUAUUCUUAAAGAUAAACCACAAGUAUUUGAUCGACAAAAGAAUGAUCCCUUGGGUUGUGUUGAAUAUUUCAUUUCGUGUGAAAUAUUUCGUCAGAUCUUAGAAAGUGUUCAGUAUUUGCAUGAAUUGGAACCACCAGUCAUCCAUCGGGAUCUCAAACCUGAAAACAUAUUAAUUGCUGAAAGUGUAAGGAACUGUAGAUUUGUUAAGUUAUGUGACUUCGGUUUGGCUACAGUUCACGACAAACGCAUUCAUAGCAGGAUUACACAAAAACAUACGGCAGAUGUGGGGGAUGCGAGAUAUCAGGCACCAGAAAAUAUACAAGGUUUGAAUUAUAACCACAAAUCGGAUAUUUAUAGCCUGGCACUAAUUGGUGGUGAAUUAUUUGACGUAGUUGUCCUAACUAUUGAUGAAAAUAGUAUAUACAAGACAUCCACUCAAUCAAACUUAUCGGACACACUCGCUAUAAACAAUGAACCGGUUGACGGUCCCUCUACUACUGAGCCCUUUCAGGCCGAGGAUGUGCUCAAAAUGUUCAUAAAGAAGGAGCCCUGGGAGUGCACCACUGAUGUCGAGUUAAAAGUGAUAAAAGCAUCUAAACUGCGAUCAGGAGACUCGCGAUACUUUCAAAUGAAUUCCCAUCCGAGGGGUCGGGCCAUCAUAUUUGCGACCACAGAUGGCCUGGACGUCGAGAUAUUGAGAUGGAGAUCCAUUUUCGCACAGUUAGACUUCAAGUGCGAGAUAUAUGUGGACUUCUCGUGCUCUCAGAUCAAGGAUAGCCUGUUGGGGGUGUCGUGUCAGCGGUUGGCCGCCGACGCCCUGUUUGUGAUGGUUAUCGGCGGCGGAUUUGAUCAGAAGAUCUACGGUUACGGCAAUCGUGAAGUCGAUAAUGAGAUGUCGUUCACAGAAAUUGUGGACAUAUUCUCCGCUAAUAACCCAAAUUAUACUCUGAACCGACUGGUGGAUGAGCAUGGGAUGAAUAAUCAUCCACAAAUAAUCCUGAACUCGUUAGAUACGACACGUGAUAUAUAUUUCAAUCCUGACCUGUGA